AGCCUAGAUUCUAUUGGUUUAUAUAUAUUUCUUAUAUAGAUUUAACCAAUCAGAAACGGCGUAAUAUAAUUUCAUCCGGAAGUGAUCAUUUUCGCGGGAGGAAAACAAAUCACCAAGAAAAAGACGAAAACUUGCAGUAAAUAUCCGAAAUAUGGAGCAAAUGGAAGUUGAUAAUGUCCCUGCUACUUCCGAUGCAACAAAUAUAAAACCUACGAAGUCAACAAAAAGCACAUAUAGCUAUGAGCUCCCUUGGGUAGAGAAGUAUCGUCCCGUCAAACUUCAUGAGAUCCAAGGCAACGAGGAGACAAUUAGUAGACUUGAAGUAUUCGCUAAGGAGGGAAAUGUGCCAAAUGUUAUUAUUGCGGGUCCUCCAGGUACUGGGAAAACCACAAGCAUACUUUGCCUGGCGAGAGCAUUACUUGGUCAAUCUUACAAAGAUGCAGUUUUGGAACUGAAUGCUUCAAAUGACAGAGGUAUUGAGGUUGUGAGAAACAAGAUCAAGAUGUUUGCUCAACAUAAAGUCACAUUACCUAAAGGACGACAGAAGAUCAUCAUAUUGGAUGAGGCUGACAGUAUGACAGAUGGAGCGCAACAGGCCUUGAGGAGAACAAUGGAGAUUUACUCCAAAACAACAAGAUUUGCAUUAGCCUGCAAUGAUUCUGCUAAGAUAAUAGAACCCAUACAAUCUAGAUGUGCAGUCCUCAGAUAUACCAAGCUAACAGAUGUUCAGGUUUUAAGUAGACUUUUGGAAAUCUGUGAAAAAGAAGAUGUCAGCCAUACAGAUGAUGGUUUGGAGGCCAUUGUAUUCACAGCACAGGGAGAUAUGAGGCAGGCCUUGAAUAAUCUGCAGUCCACCUCCCAGGGGUUUGAACUUGUGAACAGUGCUAAUGUUUUUAAAGUUUGCGAUGAGCCACAUCCACUAUUGAUAAAAGACAUGCUCUCACACUGUGUCAAUGGCAACAUAGACGAGGCUUACAAAGUAAUGGCUCACCUCUGGAAGUUAGGCUACUCUCCCGAAGACAUUAUAACAAUUAUAUUCAGAGUCUGUAAAACACAUAAUAUGCCAGAGUAUGUGAAACUAGAGUUUAUAAAGGAGAUAGGAUACACACAUAUGAGAAUAGCAGAAGGAGUCCAGUCUCUGUUGCAGAUGUCCGGGCUACUAGCAAGACUUUGUAAAAUAACAGCUUCAUCAAAUGUGUUAUCGCAUUAGAAUUUAGUGUAUUACACUUAACAAUCUCAGUUACAGAUGUUGGGGCUACUAGUGAACGAUCAAAAAAGACUACAUCAAAUACCAGUAUAUUUACCUCAACAUGAAAUGAUAAUUGCUAUAUUGUGAGUCUGAGCUCUAAGUUUAUGUGUCCAUGCUGUCUGAUGUCAU